AUGGCAUCCUCCCCCAACCACACCCUCAACAGUGAUUCAAACACCCACGCCUCCAAAAAGUCCAAACUUUUCUUCAUUACCCCUUCCGAAAUCAUUGCCGAAUUCUCCCACCACGACCCCAACGUCGCCCGGAUCAACAACGGCAGCUUCGGGUCCUGCCCAGACUCCAUCAUCCAGGCCCAGCGCUGCUAGCAGCUCAAGUACCUCUCCUAGCCCGAUUACUUCUACUUCAACGACCUCAAAAACAGCAUCCUCCAUUCCCGAACCAUCAUCAAGGAUCUCAUCAACGCCGACCACGUUGAUGAGGUCUCCAUCGUCGACAACGCCACCACCGCCGUUGCCAUCGUCCUCCAGCAGACCGCUUGGGGCUUCUCCGAGAGCAAAUUUGAGAAGGGCGACACUGUUGUCAUGCUCCAAUACUUUUACGACGCCGUUAAGAAGUCCAUUGAGGCCUAUAUCACUCGCGCCGGCGGGUAUGUUUUUGAGGUACCCUUGCCGUUUCCUUUGAAUUCUAAUGAUGAGAUUGUAACCGAGUUUAAGAAAGCUUUGGAAAAAGGGAAGGCGAAUGGGAGGAGAGUUAGGCUAUCUGUGAUUGAUCAUAUUACUUCAAUGCCUUGUGUGGUUAUACCUGUUAAGGAGUUGGUUAAGAUUUGUAGGGAGGAGGGGGUUGAUCAGGUUUUUGUUGAUACGGCUCACAUCAUUGGGUGUAUGGCAAAAAGUGGUUUAAUGUCACUAUUGCUUGAAAGACCUCUUUUGGAGAAACAACCUGUAAAACACAACUGCCAUCAGGAUUAUGAUCAUCAUCAUUAUGCAUGUGUAUCCAUUACCCCUUGA